CCCAUCAUCCCUCUUGCCAAACAUGCCUCAGACUAAUUGUGCAUUCAUUAAUUGUGCAGCAUUUCUCAAUGUUGAAGCUGCUCAGGAGAUUGAUCAGGUUCAUGGUUCUUAUGUAUGUGGAGUUGUUAACAGUAUCAAUACAUACCAGAUGGAGUAUGAUCCUUACAGUAGAUCUGGUAGAUUACCUCAGUGCUUUGUUCGGGAGUUCGGUGACCUGAUCGAUGAACAUGUAAUUCUGCAGGAUCCAAAACACAAUGAGAUUGAGGUCCGGGUUUUGAAAAAAUGUAGUGAAAUGUAUUUUGAACAGGGAUGGACCACUGUUAGGGAUUUUUAUCAUAUGUGGUUUGGAGGUUGGCUCAGUUUUAAGUAUGUUAGUCCCAAGCUUCUGGCCAUAACUCUCAUGACAAGAUGGGGUACUGAAGUUGUAUAUCCUUUCCAUGAUCCUCCCUUUAAGCAGUUAUUGGCUACUGGAGGUGUUGACCCUAAAAUUUGUUCAGCAACUCUCCCGCGAAUUUCAUCCAAUCCUUUUGUGUUUCCGAUGUCAUUCCGCCGUUCUUACUUUAAGAGAUUGACAUCGUAUGAUGUUGAAUCUGGAAUUCUGGUUUUGCCAUGGUAUGGUUUUGGUGAAUUCGCAUUUGCAUUUACUUUUAGCAAAUUGGUAUUGGUUGAUCAUACUGGAUGUCGAUAUCCAUGUAGCAUACAAUUCAGCGUUGAUGACGAGGGUGAACUAGCUUGCAAGGUGUUUGGUUAUUGGAUGGAGUUCUGUAAAAAACAUCAGCUGUUACAAGGUGACAGAAUACGUUUCGCUGUCAACGAGCCUACACGGGAUCAUGUCCUCUAUGCUUGUGUUUAUCCUCAGAUCGGAGUAGAAACCACUCUCAGUUACCCUUUGAACGAUGGUUCUUAUUUACCCUUGUAUGUAUCCCAGCAACAUUUUGUAGUGCCGUUCUGAGUUUUGAAUCUUUCAAGAUGGUAGCUAUUCAGUUUUCACUUUUGAUUUUUUAGACAGUGUAGCUUACCUUCUAAUUGUAUCCUGGACAUGAUCAUAAUUGAAUCUAAUUUGAUCCUAUUGUACUAUUUAUUUACCAAUGAAUAUAGUAUUCUCUUUUGUGAUUA